CAGGUCUUUGGAUUGUGACACUUUCUCUUUUCAGAACAGCAGAAAGUCGAGAAACCGAUGUGGCAUCUGGUCUAAUGGGACCUAUAGCACCUUCUGGCCCACAUAGCCAGCCAGAUAGCCAACCUAGCUAUGCUGGGCUACCUGGUCCUCGUGGCCCACCUGGUCCUCCUGGCCCAUCUGGUCCUCGUGGCCCACCAGGGCCAGCAGGACAUCCAGGAUUUCCUGGUCUAGCGGGACCAAUUGGAACCCCAGGACCAGUGGGUGCAAGAGGGGCUCCAGGUGCCCCUGGCAUAUGUCCUCCAGUAGAGGAAUCUGCCUUUGCUGCAGAACUGGGAAAAGAUCAUCCAGAACCCAACCAGCCCAUUGUGUUCCACAGGAUCCUGCACAAUGAUCAGAAACAUUUUGAUGAAGCUUCAGGAAUCUUCACCUGCCAAAUCCCAGGAUUCUAUUACUUUGUCUACAACCUGCAGGCAGACCGGGAUGCACAUGUUAUGUUGGCAUUAAAUGGCACAGAGGUGGUGGGCUCUCAUAAGACUGUUACAGAAGGUUCUGAGGACCUCUCAGGAAGUAUGAUCCUCAAACUGGAUAAAGGAGAUCAUGUGUGGCUAGAGGCAAAACAGGAUUCCAAUGGGAUAACUGAAAAAAGUUCCUUUCUGGGCUACUUAAUUCCUCAAUUUCAUUGAAAUGAGUCCAAAUCUAACAAGGUAAUUCUGACGAAUUGGGGAUGAACUUCUCUUGAUUAUUGUGGCAUAAUGCAAUGUGCUUUCUUGCAUGCAAUAUUAAAGCUGGAAUAGAAAACCCCUUAUAAGCGCGCAAGAAUCUUUGAAUCCCCAGAACCUAUUUUCAAGAAAAUAUGGCUACAAGGCAUGUAGUAAGAGGCUUGGUUGAGGUCAAUGUUUCAUAAUUUCAUUCAAGAGAGGGAAAGGAUUCAGUAACACACCACAUAUAGAGAGAGUUGUAGUGCAUUUGUAUGAAGAUGUUUCUAUUUUUACGAAAAGUGCAUAAAGCCUGCAUGUAUUCAAACAUGUAAUCAUUUGCUGAAAAUUAAAGCUUGAAACUUAA